GAGCUAAAGGGAGGGAAACACAGAGGGAUCGCGUGUCAUCAUUAGAUUAAGGACUAAAUUGUUUGGAAAUGCUGAUUUUAUCUAAAGAAAAACAUCAGGGGAAAUAAACGGAACGGAUGAAAUUGGACACAGUGUCUAAGAACAUUUCAACAUGCUGUUUGUUCGGCAUUAAUAAUUUCAAACAGGCGCCCCAGCCUGCCGCUUACGUUUACUGUCUGUCACACUGGACAACGCGAACAGGUGAAGAUACGCAAGAAAGGAUGCUGAAACUGAGAAGAAAGGGAUGGACUGCUAAAAGAGCAAAUGUAUGAAGAUUAGAGAGAGAGAGAGCGAGAGAGAGAGAGAGAGAGAGGUGUUUCCCCGCUGCACGUUUCCUUCGGCUGGAUGGACUGUUUCGUUUAGGGAAUAAGAAGUAAUUGAUUAAAAUAAGCUUUAUUAUAGACUUAAAUGCAAAUAUAUCAGGGAAAGAACCUGGAAGGAUGACAGUACCACCUGUAUAUUACGGGAAUAUGUAUUGAAGGGACCAGGGAGGCACAUAGGCGAGGUAUAACAUAUGUAGCUUAUAUUUUUUGGAAGCUUAUGUCUUUUAUAUACCAAAGGAACGAACCGUAGCACAGUGACGUUGCGAUGUUUUGCUAGGUGAUGUAGCGCGGAAAUAUUACAUUAUUCAUAAACUGUAGCCAGUUAUUAAAAAUAAAUCUUCUGCGCAGUCUUUCGGACCACACGCCGUCAGGACCACUGCUUUCCUCAGAAAACAAACUACAUUUCACCUUAACAUUUGUGCUAUUUGCGUGUUCAUGUGUGUGUGUUCAGUAACACACGCACUGCCCGCACGCGAACAGAGCCAGACCCACAACGAGCUCCUCCCACCCCCCUCCCUUCUCGGUUCUCUCUCCUCCUCUCCCACCCCCUGCUCCUCUAUGCUCAGUUCGGUGUGUGUCUCCACUUUCAAAGGGCGCAAGGGUGGGAACAAGUCGUCCAGCAAAGCAUGUUACAGCGCAGACAUGACUUGUCCGUCAGAGAGCGACAAAAUUGUGAUAAACUGCGGGGGGGUUCGGCACGAGACGUACCGCAGCACCCUGAAGACGCUGCCCGGCACGCGCUUGUCUUGGCUCACCGAGCCAGACGCGUUCAGUAACUUUGACUAUGACCCCAAAUCCGACGAGUUUUUCUUCGACCGUCACCCCAACACUUUCGCAUUCAUCCUGAACUAUUACCGCACGGGAAAGUUGCACUGUCCCAAUGAUGUAUGCGGUCCUCUGUUCGAGGAGGAGCUCGCUUUUUGGGGCAUCGAUGAGACGGACGUGGAGGCUUGCUGCUGGAUGAACUACAGACAGCAUCGGGACGCCGAGGAAGCGCUGGACAGUUUCGAGACACCCGAACCGGAACUGCCGGAGGACGACCCGGCCCUGACCGGUGGCGCGGACGGGGACCUGAAGAGGUUGUGUCUGCAGGAGGAUGGACGACACCCUAGCUGGUGGAGUAUAUGGCAACCCCGAAUCUGGGCGCUCUUUGAGGAUCCAUACUCCUCGAAAUACGCCAGGUAUGUGGCGUUCGGCUCGCUUCUGUUCAUCCUCAUCUCCAUCUCAACAUUUUGCUUGGAGACGCACGAGGCCUUCAACACCAUCUACAAUAAGACAGAGAACGUGACGGUGGGAAACGUCACGCGGGAGGAGGCUGCGUUUGAGGUAGUGACGGACAACUGGCUCACCUAUGUGGAGGGAGUCUGUGUCAUCUGGUUCACCAUCGAGGUGUUCGCUCGCGUGAUUUUCUGCCCGGACAAGGCCGAGUUCUUCAAGAGCUCGCUGAACAUCAUCGACUUUGUAGCCAUUCUGCCCUUUUACCUGGAGGUGGCGCUGAGCGGACUCUCCUCUAAAGCAGCUAAAGACGUGCUGGGCUUUUUGCGCGUCGUGCGAUUCGUCCGAAUCCUGCGAAUCUUCAAGCUCACCCGCCAUUUCGUGGGGCUGAGGGUGCUGGGUCACACGCUCCGCGCCAGCACCAAUGAAUUCUUGCUCCUCAUCAUCUUCCUCGCCCUCGGAGUGCUUAUCUUCGCCACUAUGAUCUACUAUGCCGAGCGCAUCGGCGCGUCCCCGGACGACCCCACGGCGAGCGCUCACACCACCUUUAAAAACAUCCCCAUUGGCUUUUGGUGGGCGGUGGUGACCAUGACGACGCUGGGCUAUGGCGACAUGUAUCCAGAGACAUGGUCUGGUAUGUUAGUGGGCGCCUUGUGCGCCCUGGCGGGCGUGCUGACCAUUGCCAUGCCUGUGCCCGUCAUUGUGAACAACUUCGGCAUGUACUACUCUCUAGCCAUGGCCAAGCAGAAGCUACCCAAGAAAAAGAACAAGCACAUCCCACGGGCUCCACAGCCUGGAUCGCCCAACUACUGUAAACCAGAUGCCCUGGCCAUGGCCACUGCCUCACCGCACAGGCUCAUGGGUAAUGUGCUGGGCGGUAUGGUGGGCUCUGGGAGCAUGGCGGGAGACUGUCCUCUUGCACAGGAGGAAAUCAUAGAGAUUAACAGAGCAGACUCAAAGCAGAAUGGGGAUGCUGCAAAUGCAGCUCUGGCCAAUGAAGACUGUCCCACCAUAGACCAGGUGCUGGGGCCAGACGACAGGAGUCCAGCCACUGGUGGGUUGGGGACAUGCACGGGGCGCGAACGUUACCCCCAUGACCGGGCCUGCUUCCUCCUAAGUACCGGAGAGUUCCGCACCACAGACAGCAAUGUCAGGAAAGGUUGUGUCGUGUCAUGCGUUUCAGCCGGCUAUGAGAAGUCCCGCAGCCUCAAUAACAUCUCGGGGAUGUCGGGGGCUCCUUUGCGUCUGACCCCCAUCACCCCUAUCAACAACCAAUCCUAUGAACCCUACGAGUCCCCUGGCCCUCUACGCCGCUGCAGAUCCCCCAUCCCCUCGAUUCUGUAGCACAGCGUAGGACAAAUGAAACAAAGAAGGACGCUCAAUGCACCCUCAUUCUGCAAUAGUAUUAAUAAUCGUGAUAAGUACUCGCACCUCAGCUCCUCCAUUGUUUGGACAGGGUGGGGGUGUGGAACUAUUUUUAAUGUCAUGCCUCAAAGGGGGUUGAUGAGCUUUAAGUACUUAAAUGAAUCAAAUGAGCAUUUUCCGUCAUUUUAUCGCACAUACUUCAGGCAAUAUCUCAGACAGGCAACUAAAACAAUUAUAUGCUGUAUCUUCGAGCGAGUUAUGCCUUAUUAAUAUACAAAAAAGAAGCACUGAAUAACGUUAUUAUAAUAAAACCCCUCACUGGUCCGUAGGCACCCUGUAGGAAAUCUAUACCUGUAGUUGAAUGACUGUAGUUGGCUUUCCCACAUUCUCCGCCUGUUUGCUGGUUAUGUAAAAGCUAAGACUGGGAAAUCCAGCAGGCUUAUUCAUUGAGCAGCUGUUGCUCCUUUGAUAAACCAUUAUAGGCCUUGAAAAAUAAAUCUCUUCAUAUCAAAGCUUGAAGGGUCACAUACGACAAGUAGUUCAAGUGCAUGCAAGAAAUGACUUAAGUUAGGCAAGUAGAGCAUAACUAAACUAAAACUCAGUCCCCUGCUACAUGAAACUAUACAUCUACUCUACUCUGCUGGACUGAUGUUAACAUAAAGCGAAGCCCUGAAGCGCUACUGUAAUGGAUCUAGAAUUGGAUUUGUUUGGCUGAUGUUAAGUUUUGGUGAUUUGGAGCAUUAUCGCUAUCAUUCUUAUGACACAAGGACACUUUAACCUCACGUAAUCACAUCGCUCUAAAACAUUUCCAACAGCAACAUUGGUUUGCACUGAAUAUCUUGAAAAAUGUACUUCGCAGGGGACACGUUAUUAAGUCUUCGGAAAAAUACUCAAACGGUGUUUGUGCAAUACUGUAUCAACUGUUACGAUGACCUCAGACGAGCUGGAGACUUUACUAUUUGCAACUAUUAACUUUAACUACUAUUGUAAAAUAACAGCGAGACCGAGAACUGAUCACUACAAAAGGCUAUUUUUGUACUUUAAAGCAUUUAGACAUCACAGUGAGUUUCGGGGAUAGGAGUUGUGUGGGCUUUGAGUUGGAGAUCUUGCAUGGAGAUGUACUGUACUAUGAACUUUUUAGUUUUUGUAUUUUGAAACACUACUCUGCAUUUUUGUCACAAGAACCAUACAUCAAAAUGAAACGAAAGGAGGAGCCAUCAUAUUAAGAGCCUAUAAACUUCUGCACUUCUUCCGGACCCUUACCAAUUUGUAUAGCGCAUGAACGAACGGACUUUUACUAUGGUAUUUCCUCAUAAAUAUGAAGACGUGUGAAGCUAAGCUGCACUCCUCACUGGAUAUCCGCGUGUAAUGGGGCUGUGGUGAACCAGACAGUUCAUCUAAGGGCACGAAUUAACUGGACCUUCAUCAUCAUCAUCAUCAUCACUGUCAUUAUCCUCCCUUAUCAUUAUUAUCAUUUCCGAUUACUGUUAUUCCUAUAAUUUGAAUGCAGUAGAAAAUCAGUUCAGUUUGUUUUCUCUCUGGUCCCCUUUUCUUUCUCUAUUUCUUUUGUUUUUUUUAUCUGCCCUGUCUUUUGGAUGCUGACCUUCGUACCAAUAUAAAGGAGGGAACAUUGAAUGGAUGCUGGAUUGACAGCGAGAACUAUUCUGAAAGCCCUGUGCUUAUCAGAUAUAUGCAAAAAGAAGCAGUAACUGUGAACUAAUCCUAGAACAGAAAAUCCACUUCUUCCUUUUACAAAUACAUUCCCGAACGAACACCUGCCCCCUGUCCCCCAAAACCGACAUCAGCUCCUGUACAUUCCAUUCAGUAUCAAAGACUAUUUCGGUUCUGUAUUGCCAUCUCACUCUCCCCGAACCCACACCAUCAUCAAUCUUAUAGUUAUGCAUUAUUAAUGAGGAAUUUUGUUGUUGCAUUAACUUCAGCUCUCACCCCCUCUGCAGGUUUUACGGGGGAAUGAACUGACGUAGCAUUCACUGUUGUAGCUCACUAGCACUCUCUUUGGUCACUUUAUUUUUUAUUUAAACAAAACAUUUAGGCGUUCAUCGGAACCAGAACUCUGUGUUCUUGUGCAAAGUAGCCGUUCUUCCAUUUGUCAUUUAGUAAUACCACUGUUCAGGGAAGUGGAGGAUAAUGAUAAUGGCACUGACUACAGCGAUGCAUGUUUCCACACAUUCUUCAAAAGUGCUGCAUCCUAAUGCAUAUUUUGGUUUUUCUGUGCGUAGAGACGAGUCAGGGUGGGCAGAGUAGGAGGGGCCAGAUCCAUUUACAGUAAAUCCCUUUACGACAUACAGUAGAAGAGAGAGGCCUGCUCCUAGUUAGCUUAGUUACCGAAUGGCCUGGUAAGUGGAAACAGAGCUGCAUGUGACCACGGAGGAAGAUGUAAAUAAUUCUCGUGUACACAAAUUGCAUGUCGAGUUCACAGCACAGAAGCUAACGUGUGGCAUUUGAUAUAGGGAGAGCAAGUAAGUUUAAGCAGUUCAACUAUAUUACCCAGAAUCCUCUCUGUGUCUGUCAGACUUACGCUCCCCUAUCACUACUCAGGUAUAUCUCUUUUGUUUGUCUAAACCAGUGCUUCCAAAAUGAUGUCAUUAAAACAGAGAAAAAGAGAGAGAGAGAGAAAGUGAUGAUUUAUAGACAUUUGUUUUUAUGUGCAUAAUAAUGAAAUAAUUCUGUUUUCUCAUCAAGUCUUCCUAGUUCCUACGCGUAUUUCACCCGUCCAUCAUUUUUCCCGCCACUGUCAUUUCACAUCAUUUUAAUUUAUUGUCAAUGACUCUACUGCUUCCAAAAAAAAAACAAACAGCCACCACCAACCAAAAAAGCCCGGAUAACAUAAGAAAUCAAGGAAAACCAUUCACUUGUUAAAACUUGUUAAAAGUGGAUUACCAAAAAAACUAUAUGGAAUCAGGACUUGACCGAAUCAGGAGAUGAAAACAUGAGGGACAGAUUGAGUGUUUGAAUGAUUUUCGACAAAUGAAGACAGGCGCCGUGAAAUGGAGGACAGUUUGGGGAAGAAAGAAAAUAAAAGAGGAGGAGUUGCGCUGAACGCUUCUCAGUUGCUGAGCUUCUGAACUGCCCCUUUAUCACUUCAGAAGAGCUCCACAACUGCAGAGCCGAUCCAGAGUCAAACCCCAGGGUCGCCACAAGAUUAGAGAUGACUCGGAGAAGACAAAAGAGAGAAAAUGAGAGAAGAACCGACUUGAAAAGAAAACAUUGUGUCACUCAUCUCUCCAUUACUCAUUUAACCCCUGAGUAUAUCAGUCCGACGUAGGUGCAAUAACCUGAUGAUGAUUCUGUUUCUUUGGAGGAUGUCGAACUUUGAUGCUUCCAGGGAUCCAAAAGGGCCAAAUUCAGCAUACAAACUUUGGUAUGCUCAGGCGAGUCCCUUUCUCUAACUACCUGAAGAGCGAGGUGGAAAAUGGAUGCAAUUUAAAUGGACAAGAACUAUUUUUGUGCCGUGUGAAGUUUAAUGCACCUGCAACCUCGUCAAUUUCAAUCCAGUCUUAGAUACAACUAAUGUGUGGAAAAAUACCCAUCAUGCUCUUUCAACGCUAUGCAAUUCAACCACACAUUGAAAUCACGGUCAAGUUCAUCGAAAGCUUGGAUCUCACCUAUCACCCAAACUUUUCCUCUUUCUCUCUCUCUUUGACCUUUUGGAGAUCUUGCACGUGCUUUAAUUCAAAUAGACUAUAUGACAUCAUCAGUCUGGCAUAUAUAUACCACACGAACAGUUUCCUAUCCAUUCCAUUGGAAAUCUUAUUAAGAGUGUCCUGCUCAGGGCAGACUUUAAAGAGACGAUUGUCAACCUCACUCUCUCUCUUUCUCUCUCUAUCUUAGUUAAGCUCUCUGCAUCUCAGCAUUUCUGUUCCACUGUAGAUGAACUGCAUGGCAUGAAUGAAAUGGGAAAAAAAGAGAGAAGGGUGCUAGAGAUCACACCUGAUAUGAAAUGAUCAGGACCGCUCUGUUUGCACAGUAAAACGGCCGGUCGAAAUAAACUCUGGAUCAAUGGAUGGAGACAUCAGGAUAAAGCGCUAGUCUUUCAGUUUCACGCGAGGAACAGAAAAAACGACAUACUGUACGUGCAUGACACCUGUUGACGGACAGAGGGGUUUUUAAGCGGACUGGGUGAACUUUAAACAAAAGUCAAAAAAAGAGAAAAAAGAACGAGAAAUUUAAAAAUGCAUUUUCUCACUUUGUUUACCAGCAUGACUAAACUGCAUGACUUCUGUAAGCCCUGAACCCCAAAAUUAGAGGGCUUGAAAUCACUAAACAGCAAAAUCAAAUGGAAACAAUAAAGGUUUAUGCUAAAUGCUACUAAAUUUAGAAAAAAAAAGAUUAUAUUUAAAAAAAAGAGAGGCUCUAUAUUUUGUUUUUGAAUAUAAAAAAUAAUGUAAAAAUAUAUAGGAUUGCAAGAUUCAUACAGUUUCGUUGGAAUACAACCCCCCCACCAAGUCUAGCUGAAUGAUGAGAUGAACCCCCUUCGACUACUGCUCCCUCCAUGGCUUCCUUUUUGAUUUUCUGUCGUUUCAUCCUUUACUUGAACUCUCCUGGCUCUCUGCUCUGCCCUUCACAGUCUAUGCUGAGCAUUGCAUCACCCCUGCGGUCUCUCGUCGUGGUCUCCAGCAGUGACAUCACAGCUCCCGUGGAGAGCUACAGGGCUUUGAUUAUAAUGGUUAUGAGUCUGUAGUGCAAGGCGAUGGGUGUGGGAUUUCUUUUCACGUUCAUGUUCUCGGUCAGGCCGUUGAAGGGUCCUGAUGGGAUGUGUUGAUUUGCAAUAUAACUUAUUCAUGUCUGUUCUGUGGGUCAAUCAAAGCUUUAAGAAGUCUUAUGAAUAUUAGCUUUGUGUGAACUUGAGAGUUCGACACUCUGAGCACUUACAUUGCAAAGUACUAUUGUCCUAUCAAGCCAUAUAUAAUAUUUAAAGAGCAGCGCCGACAUCAAGAUCACAGGUGCUCAGGAGUUUUCUCAUUAGCAUUUCAUUUUUCUUUCGAGUACUGAAUUUUCAUCUAAUUUUGUUUAUUUUUCUUGUAAACUUCCAUAUUGACUUUAAGGUUGAAUUAUCCUGGAAGGUAUCAAAUCAUCAUUUCAUUAUAACUGCUUUUACGCCACUGAAAUUUGUUUUUGCUUUACCAACAGUGGAUGAAUCCACCAAGGGGUCUGCUACUAUGAAGUUUCUGUAUUUUUUUAUGUUUAAUUAUUUCCUUUUCAAGUGUCCAUCAUUCAUUAUUUCCUGAAUUUGAUGCAAACUUAGUUUAGCAACUACCUAUGCAACACCUAAGCAAGACCUUAGCAGCUUCCACACAUGUCAUGUCCUCAGGCCAGCUGGCUGGUGUCUGUUUACUGGUGCCGUGUGUUUCCAGGCAGUGGAGGUGAAGACGUAUUUGCAGCUCCUUUACUAUGAGAUCAAGGGCCAGCGUUGUGUAGCGUGUAGUGCACAGAAGAAGUAACGUAGUAGCAGCUGGACUAAGUAGCUUGAAGGUACAACAAACGUGUGCAGCUGUAGUAGCCAUGUCGCUUUUUAGUGGUGCACUGAUUUUCCUCUUUUAAGUUUUCACUAAAUGUCUUAUUUUGGUUCAGGGGUGUACAGCCCAGUAUAUACGCAAUGCAGGAAGACAUCCACGCACUUUCAAGUUAAAAUAUACAUUUAUAUGUAAGCAUAUACUCAUCUCAGAGAAUAUAUGUUACCAAAAUCGGUUAGGAAAUGUCACUUUGCAUCUCACUCACGUUACAAUGAGAUGUGCCUCUCCGGUCGAUUAAAUAGUUAAUUUUCACAAAUAGAUAUUACUGAGCAGGAGCAAUAAUGACGGAACGCCACUCGUUUCACGUAGUUUAGUGUCUGCAUUAGGAAUUGGGGGACAGGUUGAUUUCAUUCCUACUAAAUACUGUGUGCCUGAAACUGUUCCCUGAAUAUUUAUGGGCUCUUUUGGUUCUCUAGUGUGUAUGAGAAUUCGUCCUGUGUGUGUGUGUUUCAGCCAUACAUGCACUUGCUGAGUAAGGUCACGUCCCCACACUUGCAUACCUUUACUUGAAACCCAAAUACAAAACAUAUCAAGGAGGAGCAGAACAAAGCCAGAAUCAAAAUUCACUCUUUCUCUUUUUCCUGUUUGCAUCCCCCUCUCAUUCCUCUCUUCCCUCCUGUUCUCGAUUUUUGAGGAAGACGCUUUUUUGCAUCUCUUGUUCUUGUGUUUUUCUAUCAUAUUGUUUGAAGUCGUUUGAAGAUUAUAAUGCAUGCAUGGAGUAAAAUGAGGACAAUAAUUUGUGAAUGGCCAGAUUGAACCAUCUCUUUCACCUGGGCUCUCUACUCUGCUACCUCUCUCUUUAUACAGAGAGAAAGAAAGAACACGUCUGGCUAAAACAUCUCUUCCUUUCAAAUGUAGCAGUACCAAAAAUACAUUAUGGGUAUACAUUAGCCAUAAUAAAAAUGACCUUACUUAUAUAGUUUUUAUGUUCGUGUAAAUUUGGUGCCUGGUGUGUCUGAAGAAAAUUUUAGUAGCAUUUCAUUUUAGCUAAUGCUAAACAAGAGCUUCCACUGACACAUGCAGCAGAUUCUCAGUUUAUUUGUUUAUCAGUUGUGUCUGUGAACCUACAGUACUAUUAUAUAUAUAUAUAUAUUUGGGCCACCAUAUUUUUUAUACUUCAGUUGCACUUUAACUUGCUGUCUCUACGUGUAGCUUGUUUAAAGGGGGAAUUCAUUGCACUAUCAAUCACAGCAUACGGAGCUGCUGUGUCUACUGCUGAGCGCGACCUUAACCAUACAUAAACCCCCGAGUUAAUAAACCGAGACAGAGAUAAAGAGAGAAGAGAGAGAGAGGCCAGUGAGAAAGAGAAGGUUCCCAAAACAAUGAACGAGUUCUAUGCUACGUACUAAGAUUGAUGCUGGAUACAAUUUUAUUGUCAUAAAUAAAAGAGAAAAAAUAUCAAGAACUGUAUAAAACAUAUUUCAAUGGAAUGUUUAUUAUUUACCUUUUAUAUUUUUGAAAUGUAUAAUAAAAAAAAAACAAUUAAUAAACUGUAAUAAUUUAACAGAGUUUGUGAAAACUGAGACUUAAAAAAUUGUUAUAUUACUAAAAGUAUGAAAGUUUGAACGUGAAUGCAAACCUACCUGAUCAAAUCUUCUCCAUUACAGAUAGGAAAAGUAAAAAAAAAACAUUAGAAAAAUGAGAUACAAUUAAAAAAGUCAAAAACUCAAUAAAAAUGUUAAAAAGCUCAUGCCAAAAUUUUCA